AUGCCUUCCCUUCUGUCCCCCAUGGCAUGGGGCCCACGUGGGAGCUGGCUUGUGCAGUGGCGCGCUUGGUUCCGGGCCAACAAACUUCUCCAGGACCAUGCGCGCCGCCUCCCUCCUCCAGGCGGUGGUGGCUGCGGCGCCGGCCGGAUUCCCGCAGAGCCGAGGGCCGCGGGCGGAGGCGAGGCAGCGGCCCUUUGCGCCGGGACCCUGACGUCCCCGCCGCGGCCGCGGCUGCGAGGACAGCCGGGGACAGCUGCUGCGCUCCGGCUGGACGCGCUGCGCACUCUGCGUGUUGAAGGAGGCACAGGGCCAGGUACUCCGGGACCAGACCCGGAUCCUCCUCCGCGACAGCCUAAGCCGGGCUUGGGACCCCCGCGCGGGUCGAAGUGGGUAACUCCACUGGAUACACGAGAGUCCGAGCUUGUGCGUCCUGGCUUUCACCUCUCCCUGUUACAGCAUCCAACCCCAGAGACCACAGCCCCACAGCAUUCGUAGCUUGCUCUGUUCGUUUACCCCUUCUUCCGUAGCUCGCGUCCCUUCCAUCCGCAUCAGCAUCGCAUACACUUCUGCUUCCCAAACCCAACCAGAAAAUCCACCGAGAACUAAAGUGGAACGCGCGAGCCCGCGUGACCUGGACACACAAACACGAGCCACAUUAUAGCCAGCGUGUCAAAGUGGCCUGAUCUGGCCAAAUGCACUCGGUCCCCUCGUCUCCGCGUGGGAAUGCGUAACCGCAGGUGGGCAGAUUUUCCCCUCGAAAUAUGUGCACUUGUGCAGUACCGUUGUGACAUUUUCUUUAAAAGCAGAUGCAGGCAAAUGACCAGAAAUGCAGCAUAUGGCAGAGACCGGGCUUGUGAAAGCAACAUCAAGCAAAAUGUGGCAGAGCUGCGCAGCUUACCUUGGGUUGGUGUCAGAGUCCCUGGGAGGCGCGGUGGAGUCCGGACAAGGCUGCCGCACCGCCGCGGAGUGGCCCGCUCCAGCUCCCAGCGAGUGGAAGCGGGACGCAUCUCUGCCCUUAUUCGUCCCUUCAGUGUGACCCUCCCACUCGGUGAGCACGGAGGACUCAGCAAGACAGUCCUCAGCCAACUCAUGCCCAGGUUUUCCUUGAUCACACAGAGCUGGGUACUAAGUCUUUCAGGUUUCUGUUUUAAUAGCAAUUUCAUAGCGGCAAUGACAGUUGGGGGCAGACGCUUUCUCACUUCUGACUAUGAAGAAGUGUCCUCAAAGUACAGUGCGGUGCAGUGCGUGGUAUACAUUCACAGGUAGAUAAUUGGCUUUUUAACAG